AUGACUGAAGUUGGUUGGUGGAAGUUGACUUUCCUCCGGAAAAAGAAAUCUACCCCCAAAGUGCUCUAUGAAAUCCCUGACACCUACACCCAAACGGAGGGAGGUGCUGAGUCGCAGGGCCCCGACCCCGAAGGCCCGCACAGCGACUUUAACACCCGCCUGGAGAAGAUUGUGGACAAGAACACCAAAGGCAAACAUGUCAAAGUCUCUCACUCUGGCCGCUUUAAGGAAAAGAAAAAAGUCCGGGCCAUGUUGGCAGAGAACCCCAGCCUCUUUGAUGAGAGGGAAGACAAAGGACAAUGA